CUCAGGACGGACCGAUCUCACGGCCAGGGAUGUUCAAUACGCGCAAGAUUUAUCCCUCCUAAGGAAGAAACUGUUUUCUCUCCACCCCUCGGUGUUGCAUUGAUUUGGAACCGCUGGCUUGAUUCGCCGCAGCUGUAACCCAUUUUUCCUCCAUGACAAAAGUUUGACUGUUGAAAAAUGAGGCUCUGCUCCGCUGCUGCUUUUUCAUGCUAUGCUGUGGAUUCCGGCGUAAGUGACCAGUCAUCACUUGAGAAAUAGCUGCGAUUCUUUCGGUCUUAAUUUCGGUGCCAUUUCAACAAACAGAGGGUUUUUAUUUCUCGCACAUCAUCGCGCCAGGGAUUUCAUCCAUUUGAAUUAAUGUCGCACUCCAUAAUGGACUUCCUCGGACUGUACUUCUUGCAACUGGCUCUUAUUGGAGUCCCUCGUAUGGCUCUCUGUGCGGGCGGGGGGGACUGCCUGCGAGCCGGAGACACCUGCUCCAGCGACGACACCUGCAGCCCGCGACUGCGCACCCUCAGGCAGUGUGUGGCAGGGGACGGCAGCGUGAAGCUGGGGCCCGGGGCAAGGAACCAGUGUGAGAAUGCCAUGACGGCGCUGCUGUCCACUCCUCUGCACGGCUGUCAGUGUAAACGAGGGAUGAAGAAGGAGAAGAACUGCCUGAGUAUCUACUGGAGCCUGCAUCAGUCUGUGCUGCACGGUCUUAACCUGGUGGAGGAUUACCCAUAUGAACCGGAGGAGAGGGGCUCCGACUACGUCCGUCUGGCCUCCAUUGCUGCAGAGUCUGAAGUAACAACGGUGAACCGCUGCCUGGAUGCUGCCAAGGCGUGUAACAUAGAUGAGACGUGUCAGAAGCUUCGUACAGAAUAUGUCUCGUCCUGUAUCCAGCCGUCUGCUCGCUCGGGGCCGUGUAACCGGCCAAAGUGCAACAAGGCACUGAGGAAGUUCUUUGACCGCGUUCCCCCUGACUACACCAACGAGCUGCUGUUCUGCCCCUGCACCGACACAGCCUGCUCAGAGCGCCGCCGGCAAACCAUUGUGCCGUCUUGCUCCUACGAAGACAAGGACAAGCCCAACUGCCUGGCCCAACUGCGGAUCUGCAAAGCCGACUACGUGUGCAGGUCUCGCUGGGCACAGUUCCAGUAUGAUUGCCAACCGUCGGAGCAGAGCGCCAGUGGCUGCAAGCAGGAGAACUACGGAGCGUGUCUGCUUGCGUACACCGGCCUGAUUGGAAGCACAAUAACUCCUAACUAUCUUGACAACUCCACCUCCAACGUGGGACCGUGGUGCUCCUGCGCAGCGAGCGGGAACCACAGGGAGCAGUGCAGCGACUUCCUCACCGCCUUCCACGACAACUUCUGCCUGAAAAACGCCAUCGUGGCCUUUGGGAACGGAUCCGAAGAUAAAACAGGCGCCGCCCAGCCCGGGAUUCCCAGUCCAGCGACGGACAGCCACAGCCCCAACAUGGCAACCACCGCCCCGGGUGUCUCCAUGGAAACAGAGCAGAACAUCCUGAGAGUACAGAUACCCACUCAGGUUAACGAGAACGACAGAUUGUGGGGCGACGAGGGGGACUCCACUCUCCCCUCCCCGGGCCUGUUGGACCAUGGAGCCGAGCCCGUCCGCCUCUCUCUGCUGCUGGGCCUCGGCUGGCUGCUCAUGCUGCUCCUCUCCGACCAAUAGGAGGCCUCGCUCACCUGGCCUCCACGGACAAAACUCCAGACCUGGGGAGGGAGGGGGAGAGGGUGGUGUGUGUUAGAGAGAAAGAGCCAUUUCUAUGUGUCAAACGAUGAAGGUGGGGGGGAGGGUCGACUGUCCCGCCCUGCUUCCCCUCACUCAAAAUCACACUUAAUCUCUUUUUGUGAAUCAUGACUCAGCAGAUGUGUUGUGCAGUCCCUCAGAAGACA